AUGCCACGAGAAAAGCCAAGAGCAGAUGAAAUAGCUAUUGAAAUGAUGUCAGUUUGUGAAGAUGAAUCAGAAAUUGAACAACCCCCAAAAGAAUUAUAUGAAGAAGAAAUGAAAGAACAACAACAGAUAGAUUGUAUUAAACAACAAAAAGAAACUAUUGCCAUAGAAGAGUUAGAAAAAAGAGUCAUUAAUAAACAUUUUUUUUCAAUUCAACCAAACACCCAAAUUCCAGUUAUAUCUUCAAAUUAUAUUGCUCCUGUAGAUACUUCAAGGUUACUUGUAUUAAUUGGAAAAACUAAAGCAACAUACCCAACAAUGAAAAUGUUUUUUUUAUCAGUGCUUGCAGGUAUGCUUCUUUCUGUUGGAGGAUUACUUUCUAUUACUAUUGGAAAAGGAAUUCCAUCAUCUGAUAUUGGCAUUCAAAAAAUAGUUUUUGGAUUUUUUAAUAGUGUUGGUCUCAAUCUUGUUGUACUUUGUGGUGGAGAACUCUUCACAUCUAAUUGUGCAUUUCUUGUUCCAGGAUUUAUGGAAGGGUCAUACUCUAGAUGGUUGUUUUUCAAGACUCAUUUUGUUGUUUAUUUUGGUAAUCUAGUUGGUUCAAUCUUUGUUUCUACAUAUUUUGGAAAACUUCUUGGACCUUUUGAAUCUCCAAUGUAUCUUAGUGCAGUAAAAAGUAUUGGAGAAGCUAAAGUAGCAAUGAACUGGGGAAAAGCAUUAUUAAGUGGUAUAGGUUGUAAUUGGAUUGUAUGCUGUGCAGUUUAUCUCUCAGCAAGUGCAAAAGACCUUUUAUCAAAGUUAGUUGUGAUUUCAUUUUUAGUGUUAACAUUUGUUAGUCUUGACUUUGAGAAUUGUGUAGGAAACAUGUUUUUAUUAUCACUCAGUCAUAUGUAUGGUGGUAAUUUUACACUAGGUCAAUGGAUAUUAAAUAAUCUUAUUCCAGUUUCAAUUGGAAACUUUAUAGGUGGUACUUUCCUGUUAGGAGUACCUUUGUGGUAUGUCCAUGUAUCUAAUGUUUAUAAUAUUCCAUUUCUUGAUCCACUUUAUCAACAAUCGCAGACUAAAACACAAUAA